AUUGCUUUGUUCAUUGCACUUGCCUCUUCGACUUCCCAAAGUUGCUCCUCUUCUGGCCCCGUCCUUGCUUUCGGCACGUGACUCGAGCGACUCGAGCUCACACCCGGCCGGGCGGCCGGCCUAGCCCAUGGUUGCCAUGGAGUCGCUGGUGCUGCCGCGGUGGGUGGCGCUGGCCAUUUCCGGGGCCAUCUUCCUAGGUCUCGCGGCGGCCUAUCGCGGCCAGGGCGUGCUCGGGGUCUGGGCGGUGUGCUCCCAGGUGGUUGCAAUCAUAGCCGUUCAGCUUAGCACGAAAAUGGUGCUUAGGGACUACCCCUACCCCAGCGGCAUUGCCAGCUUUCACUUCUUCUCUGUUUGGUUCGCGAGCACUUUGCUGUCCUGGGGCAAUGUCUCGGCCUGCCCUGCGCCUUCUCCAGUCAAGAGCGUUCGAUCUGUCUCGUGGUAUGUGCGCCGCAUCCUGCCUAUCGCUGUCCUCCAGACCUUGAACGUAGUCUUGAACACCACCUCUCUGGUCUACAUCGGUGCUGGGUUCAACGCCCUGAUCGGCAUCCUGUGUCCAGUGGUCACCGCCUUAGUGGCGGCGUGUCUGGGCUCCGCCUUCAGCACGCGGGCAUGGCUCGGCAUCCUGUUGGCCAUCUGCGGGGAUGCCGUGAUCUCCGUGGAGGGCGUGCACACCAUCACCAAGGCAGGCGAGCCGUUGAGAGUCGCUGUGAUUGGAAUGGUCUUAGGCGGCGGCGCUCUCAUUGCCCGAGCUGUGCGAUCCGUUCUCAUGGACUGCCAGAUGAACGAGUACGCAGCGGACAAGGAGUGCCCCAAGCUGCAGCCGCUGGAGCUGAUCGCGCUUCAGAGCCCAGCCAUCCUGGUGCUGGGGGUCCUGCUGACUUUGUGCCUGGAGGGCGUGAGGCCCUACGAGGCACUUUUCGAGUUGGACCAGGGGCCUGGGGCAAUGCUUGUCUUCAGCGCUGCCUGCGCCGUGUACCUCACCUACAUGGGCAUGAUCCUCAUCAAGAUGCUGGGCGCUGCAGCGGCCCAGAUCGCCGGCAAGCUGAAUAUCUUGGUGACAGUGGCCCUGUCGAGCGCCUUCCUGGAGGAAGCCAUGAGCCCCUUGUUCCUGCUGGGCGCUGUGGGGGUGCUCUGCGGCGCGGGCAUCUUCGAGCGCGCCAAAGCCGGGGCCGCGCCGGCCCGCGGCGAGAAGGCGGAGAAGCCGGAUGACUCGGUGUGAGGCUUUGGCGUGCUUGGUGGCUCCCAGCCAUCCGGACAGCCCAGCUUGGUGAAGGAUAAUUCAUCCAGAGCGCUGAGCCACAGUCAAAGCAGGGACGAAGGUCAAGAGGCGUUUCAGCCAUUGGGCCAGAUAUCCGGCGUUUUACUCUGCACACUUUCAACAGCAGCUCAUGAUUGGGACUCAGCCGGCUGCGUGUCAAAUAGUCAGCAGCUGAGCAGGAAAUGGAUGGACACUUGUGACACUCUCAUUCUUUUUCAGGCGGCUGUGGUCAAUCCUAGCCGCCACUGCCAAAGCGCCAAAGCCGAAGUGCGCCGCUCGCGCAUGGGAUGGCUUGCGAUGGCUUGGGG